AUGGCCGUGCCGGUGUUCAACCUGGCUCCGAAUCUGAAUGUUUCAAGGCUCUGCUUGGGAACGAUGACUUUUGGCGAGCAGAACAGUCUGCCGGAGUCGUUUCGCAUCCUGGACAAAGCUUACCGCGCCGGAAUCAACUUCUUCGACACCGCGGAGAUGUACCCGGUGGUUCAGCGAGCCGAGACGCAGGGCAGGAGCGAGGAGUAUCUCGGCCGUUGGAUAAAAGAUCGCAACGUUCCUCGAGACGGUAUCGUUUUGGCUACCAAGGUGACAGGACCAUCUGGGCAGAUGACUUGGAUAAGAGAUGGACCUAAGUGCUUGGAUGCAAGGAAUAUCACUGAGGCUAUCGACGGCAGUUUAGGGCGAUUGCAGACGGAUUACAUUGAUCUUUAUCAGUUACAUUGGCCUGACCGAUAUGUCCCAAUGUUUGGAGAAACUGAAUACGAUCCAACCAUGCAAUUUGGUUCCGUUUCUAUAGAGGAACAACUUGAUGCUCUUGGGAGAGCUGUUGAUGCUGGUAAGGUCAGAUACGUUGGUCUCAGUAACGAAACAGCAUAUGGUGUGAUGAAGUUCCUUCAGGUGGCUGAAAGGACUCGCCUUCCAAAGAUUGUAACUCUGCAGAACUCAUACAGCUUGUUAUGCCGAACUUUUGAUUCUGGAUUGGCUGAGUGCUGUCAUCAUGAGAGGGUCAGUUUAUUAGCUUACAGCCCCCUUGCAAUGGGCAUACUCUCUGGGAAGUAUUUUGCACCAGAAGGGGGUCAUUCAGAUGCCCGGUUGAACCUUUUCAGAGGAAAGUAUUCAGAAGGGGAGUCCAGAUACAACUUAUCUAAACCCUCCAUAAGAGCAGCAAGCAUGGAAUACAUUAAUAUUGCAGAAAAGCACGGCCUUCAUCCAGUAUCUCUUGCAGUUGCCUUCGUGUUGAGUCACCCUCUGGUUGCUAGUGUUAUCUUUGGAGCAACCCAUACAUGGCAACUGCAGGAAGUUCUUGAUGCAUGUAGGGUGGAGCUCACAUCGGAAGUAAUUGUAGAAAUCAACAAGGCUCACAAAAAAUUCUGAAUCCCUGCCCCUGAUCAAGCCUCAUGCCAUUAACUUUUGCCCCUCGUCCAAAAUUUUGUCUUAACAGCUAAAAUAGUUCCAGAUGACGUCUCUGAUCGUUACCAAACAAUGACAUUGGCAUGGUAAUCUUGCAGAAUCUAUUGGCCUUCUGCACUCUGAAAAGGCUUCCGGUGGCUCUGUGAUAGAUGAGCAUGUGCAAUGUUUUAGAGGUGAAAGAACAGCAAAAACAUGGGGUGUUGGGUACAAUUUUAGCAGAAGCAUGUACUGAUAUGUUGCUGUUUCCACCGUAUGGUUAUCUCUUUCAGUCUUUUUGCAGUGGCAAUAAAAAGGGGUAUUUGAUGCAGG